AGGACGUGAUAUUAAGGGAGAUGGAGGAGUAAAAUGUAAUAAUAAUAAAGAUAAAGGAACAACAACCAACACUUUGAAUGAAUCUCAGGAACAUGGAAGUACUUCAAUAGAGAAAGGACAGUCUGAUAUUGAUGUACUUAAGAUCAAUGAUGAAGUACAAGAAACACUCACUGAUAAACUGCUUGAUAUUAGAGAUCUUGUUACAGUCCUUCAAGAAUUAACAUCAAAUCAACAGUUUGAUUAUGCUAACAACUGGAAACAGUUAGGCCUGUACUUAGGAUUAUACCAACCCACACUGAGUGCAAUUGAAGUAAACUGCAGAGGACAAGUAUUGGAGUGUCUAAUGGAGUGUAUAUCUUCCUGGCUAAAGGGAGAGGAUGGAGUAAGAGAGACAAGAGGAGGUGGAUCAAACUGGAUAUCAUUAGUAGCAGCAUUAGAUGCAAUGGGAGAGAGGGAGGUUGCUGAUAACAUCAGAAUAAAGCAUAACCUACAUCUAUAAUAGCAUAACCAAGAGUACACGGUGGUGGGGAGGGUUCUCUUAAUUGGUAUAGCAUACUAUAUCACUGCUUUAAUAUCCAGAGCCACUCAACAGGCAUUUUUAACUAAAUGACUGAAUGGAUACUAACUGUAACACAUACUACGGCACAGACUACACCAGCAGGAGGACAUCAUAAGAUGUUUAAAGAGAGAAGUAGAAGGAAAGAAAGAGACAAAGGUGGGAGAUAAAGGAAGAGAGGUUAACAGGUUGUUAAAAGAGAGAGAAGGACUUCAUGAGAAAAUAAAGACACUUCAACAACAAGUGAUGCAACUUGAAGCAAAGAACAAUGAACUAUCACAAUCAUUGCAAAGAAGUCAAGAGCAGGAAUUUGCAUCAAAAACUAAAAUUGAUGAGUUGAAGGCUAAACAAAGCAUUCGAGAUAAUCUUAAAGCAGAACUUGAGUCCUUAACGAAGGAACACCUGCUCCUUGAAGAACUUUAUCAUCAACAAAAACUCUCACUAUCGACUCUCCGUAGAGAAAAUGUACGCACACAACAAACUAAAGAACUGAACGAAUCACUGGUCAGAGAGAAAGAAGGUGCAAGUAAUUCAGUGUCUGUCCUAAGAAGAGAAGUAGCAAAGCUUCAGAUGCUAUUGAAGGAUAGAGAGACUGACAUUAAGAACAAGGAAGGACAGAUAGCAACUUUGAAGGAAAGCCUCUGGAAAGCACAAGAAAAAUAUGUAGAAAAAACAAAGAGUUUAGAGUCCAAGUAUCAGUGUAUCAAGAACAUUAACCAGGAGCUAGAGGAAUCACUGUUCUCCUUUAAGAACAGACCAGUCCAUCGCUCUAGGCAUCACAAACGAAGUGAGAGUUCACACCUCUCUCAUUCAGUCACACCCACUAACACUGGAAAUGUAACACCUACUAUGUAACAAUAGGCUAGACCCAUUAAUUAGUUUUUAUUAUUAUUAUUAUUAUUAUUAUUAUUAUUAUUAUUAUUAUUAUUAUUAUUAGUGUAUUCAUUCAUUCUCUGCAGUGCAGCUUAUAUCACUCACUUACUGUCACCAUUGA